AGGGACGGAAAACAGUGACCUGUGGCCCCCACUUCAAUAAUGUACAGCUCCGAAUCUGCCCCAAAGUAACGAUGACGGAUGGACCAAUAUUACUUCCCUUAUUUCUAUAUCCCCGUUUCGUCAACUUCCUGUGAAGCCUUUCGCCAACUCGCCAAACCCUCUUUCCAUUUUCGACAAUGGCCUCAGUUUCACUCUCGCCCUUUUCUCUCCUCUUAAAUCUCUACUCGUUUUUACCCACUCCCUUUGCGUUUUGUAGGAGAGAGGAAUAGGAAAUUUCCAGCUGGGGUUUGAGAUCGGAGGAGAGAGAAAGUGAGAUGGCGAGAAGGAAGAUCCAGAUCAAGAGGAUAGAAAACAUCACCAACCGGAUAAUCACUUAUGCUAAGAGACGCAACGGCCUCUUCAAGAUGGCCCAGGAGCUCACCGUUCUUUAUAAUGCUAAGGUUUCUAUUAUCAUAAUUUCCGGCAACGGUAGACUUCAUGAAUAUAUUAGCGCCUCCACCACAAGGAAGCAAAUACUUGAUUUGUAUCAAAAGACUAAAGGAAUCGAUCUUUGGAGCUCUCACUAUGAGAGAAUGGAAGAGAGGCUGAAAGAGCUGAAAGUGACAAAUCGGAGUCUUCAGAAGCAGAUCAGUCACAGGAAGGGAGAAAGUCUGAGCAAUCUGAGCUUCGAUGAACUGCUUGCUCUUGACCGUGAGAUGGAAGAUGCUUUGGAGGCUCUUCGCACACGCAAGUUUUUCCAGAUGAAAUGUCAGGUUGAUACUUGCAGGAAGAAGCUAAGGUUCCUGGAACAAACGAGCGAAGAUCUUCGAUCUGGUUUCAAUGGUGCUCUGGAUGAUCCACACUAUGGGGUAGUAGACAAUGGAGGUGUAUACGAUUAUGGAAUUCCUCGCGCAUUUGCUUCUGGCCUGCACCGUAAUCAGCUGGCUCUUGACACCGAAACCAAAUCACUUCUUACCACUUGCUCCGAUUAUAUUAGCGAGUUCAGUGUUAACCAAUCCAAUCUUGACGAUCAAACUGAAUCGGCAGCUCAUACAUCUUCUUAAAAUAGUAAUCGGCCUGUCCCAAAGUUUGAAGACAUUCAGACUUAUGUUUCCUUGAAGGAAUAUGGUUCGUAAUAGUAUUGCUUAAAUGACAGAUUCAGCUUUAUUUAUGAACUAUAUUUAUGGUGGAAUUUCUGCUUCUUUUAGAUUAACAAUGUCGCAGUAUUUGACCUUUAAUCGAACAUAUG